AUGGUGUUGUCCAUCGGAUUCGAGGGUAGCGCGAACAAGAUCAGCGUUGGCGUGGUGCGCGACGGCGUGGUGCUGUCCAAUCCGAGGAAGACGUACGUCUCUGCUGCGGGUGAGGGCUUUCAGCCUCGCGAGACGGCCGAUCACCACCAGCGCGAAGUGCUGCACGUGCUUCGUUGUGCCCUGCAAGAGUCCCACAUCGAUCCGGUGAAGGACAUCGAUGUCGUCUGCUACACGAAGGGAAGGUGCCCCGGCAUGGGUGCACCGUUGGUCAGUACUGCAGUGGUAGCUCGAACGGUGGCAAAGCUAUGGCAGAAACCGUUGAUUGGCGUUAAUCACUGCAUAGCACACAUUGAAAUGGGGCGAUUGAUCACUGGAGCCAUAAAUCCAGUCGUUCUAUACGUCAGUGGCGGUAACACUCAGGUGAUCGCGUAUCUGAAACGUCGCUACCGCAUUUUCGGAGAAACGAUUGACAUCGCGGUCGGAAACUGCCUCGAUCGCUUCGCUCGUGUCCUGAAGCUCUCCAACGACCCGAGUCCGGGGUACAAUAUCGAACAGUUGGCAAAAUCCGGGAAAAAAUUCAUCCCUCUGCCUUAUGUUGUUAAAGGUACAGUAGGGUGGGUAAUUGUGAAGGUACUAGUGGGGUUCUCAUAA